AACUCUGAUUUGAAGUUCAUAAUUCAAUUAAGUAUGAUGAGAAGUUAAUAUGCUAAAAAUGCGAUUUUUUAUUUGAACCUAUUCGUGUUAACAUUUUUCUAUUUUUAGAAUAAUCCCCUCUACCUGAUGGCUUGAAUAAUUAUGCUUGCCAUUUUUCUCUGUAGAAGUGAACCUAAAAUAAAUUUAUUUCGCUGCUGUAGAAAUGUCCAUAGGAUAAGUUACGUAUGUUAAUAUUUUUUUAUCAUUAUACUAUUUAUUGAAAAUUUUAUUUUAUUUUGUAAAACUGCAAAAAGUAGAAAACGAUGAAGAUGAGUUACGGAGGGGCAAACGUGAUAACUGCCUGUGGAGGGGCGGCACAAAAUGUCACUAGCGCAGAUGGGUAUGGCGACGUUGAAGGGCUAGCAGAACAGUGUCCUCGAAAAGGGGUAAAGUAUGCUGCCUUUUUAAAGCUUUUCAUGUUUGCCCUGUUCGUAUGGAUAGCGCGGGGUUCGCACGAGAGCGCAACCCGUGGAGUCAUGGGAGAGACCCCCCAGCGAGGACAAGCGACCAUGCACAAAAGCGCUAACAGAUUAUUAGCAGAACCGCCAAUGGAUUUCGACGAAGUGUAUGGGACAUUCAAAAAAAACGUUUUGGAAAAAUUGGGGUGUGAUGAAGAGCAAUGCCAAACUAUAAAAAAUUCUGUGAAGUCCUAUUUCGAUAAAAUAAAAUGGAAUGUGACAGAUCAGCAGAAUGCAAAGGAAUCUGAGGAAGGAAGUGGAGGAUCAGAUAACGCUUCGGAUAAGGCAAAUAAAGAAAAAAAGAGUUCUAAAUCUGUAGGAAUUUUUGGUUCGCUCAUAAAUUUAAUUUUAAAUUACAAGCUUACAUCACUCACCAUUCUUAUCGUAGCUCUUGGAUACUUUAAGUCUCGAUACCUGCUCGUCGUUAUGGGCGUAAUUAUAGUACUAAAUAUGUUUUGGGAACUGGAAAGCUUAAAUAAAAAAUUGAAAUUUCUGUAACUUCUUUGCAAUGUUUAUUUUUGCCCAGAUUGUUUGCAAAACUGUGAGAUACAUGUAGAAAAUGACGAGCUUUUCGGAGCUUAUAUAAAAAUGGUAUAUUAGUAAAGAGGGAAGAAGCUAUUUAUAGAAUGUAGUUUAUAUGAGGGGGGCACCUUCGUGGGUAGUUAGGUGGUCUACUGUGAGGCUGUCUAUUGGUACUCAAACGAAUAGCCUUUUCAGCGUUUUGAAAAAAAAAAAGAAUAAUACUUUCGAAUGGUGUGCAUACCCAUGCAGCAUAAGCGUGUCAAAAUAAUGCUAAACGGUGGACAUCUGCGCAUAUACACAUAUAUGUCUACAGCGUACGUAAGCUUACCUGGUGUAACUAGGAGGAGCAUUAUCAUUGGCGAAUUACCAUUUUAACAGAUGUGGAUGCAUAUCACUAGA